GUUUCUACCCCUGCAUCCCAAGAAGGGGCCAGGAAAAUGGCCCUGGUCCUGUGGCUCUUCAGCCUGCUGGGCUCAGCCUGCUUGGUGUCUGCCAACAUCUUUGAGUACCAGGUGGAUGCCCAGCCACUUCGUCCCUGCGAGCUGCAGAGGGAAAGGGCCUUUCUGAAGCAAGCGGACUACGUGCCCCAGUGCUCCGAGGAUGGCAGCUUCCAGACUGUCCAGUGCCAGAACGACGGCCGCUCCUGCUGGUGCGUGGGUGCUGACGGCACGGAGGUCCCGGGCAGCAGGCGGCCUGGACGGCCAAUGGCUUGUCUGUCCUUUUGUCAGCUGCAGAAACAGCAGAUCUUGUUGAGUGGCUACCUUAACAGCACGGCCACAUCCUACCUCCCUCAGUGCCGGGACUCGGGGGAGUACACACCCGUCCAGUGCGACGUGCGGCGGGAGCAGUGCUGGUGUGUGGACGCGGAGGGCUUGGAGGUGUACGGGACCCGCCAGCGGGGCAGGCCGAGGCGAUGUCCAAGGAGCUGUGAAAUAAGAAACCGCCGUCUUCUCCAUGGGGUAGGGGACAAGUCGCCACCCCAGUGUUCUGCAGAUGGAGAGUUUCUGCCUGUCCAGUGCAAAUUUGUCAACACCACGGACAUGAUGAUCUUUGAUCUGGUCCAUAACUACAACAGGUUUCCAGAUGCAUUUGUGACCUUCAGCUCCUUCCGGAGAAGGUUCCCUGAGGUGUCUGGAUAUUGUUACUGUGCUGACAGCCAAGGGCGGGAACUGGCUGAGACAGGUGUGGAGUUAUUACUGGAUGAAAUUUAUGACACCAUUUUUGCUGGCCUGGACCUUGCUUCCACCUUCACUGAAACCACCCUGUACCGGAUCCUGCAGAGACGGUUCCUAGCAGUUCAAUUAGUCAUCUCCAGCAGAUUCCGAUGCCCCACAAAAUGUGAAGUGGAGCGUUUUGCAGCAACCAGCUUUGGUCACCCCCAUGUUCCAAGCUGCAGCCGAGAUGGGGACUACCAGGCAGUGCAGUGCCAGAAGGAAGGGCCGUGCUGGUGUGCGGACGCCCGGGGAAAGGAGAUCCAGGGAACCCGGCGGCAGGGGGAGCUGCCAUCUUGCGCUGAAGACCAAUCUUGUGCCUCUGAAAGGCGGCAGGCUUUGUCCAGACUCUACUUUGGGACCUCAGGCUACUUCAGCCAGCGCGACCUGUUCUCUUCCGAGGAAGGACGAGGCCCUCAGAGAGGAGCCAGGUUUGCCACAUCCUGCCCACUGACGGUCAAGGAGCUCUUUGUCGACUCUGGGCUUCUCAGCCCAAUGGUGGAAGGGCAGGGUCCACUGUUUUCCGCCUCAGAAAGUCUCCUCAAAGAAGCCAUGCGAGUGCUUUUCCCUUCGCGAGAGCUGGCUCGACUUGCUCUUCAGUUUACUACCAACCCAAAGAGACUCCAGCAAAACCUCUUUGCAGGGAAAUUUUUGGAGAAUGUUGGCCAGUUUAACAUGUCUGGAGCUCUUGGCACAAGAGGCACAUUUAACUUCAGUCAGUUUUUCCAGCAACUUGGUCUCUCAGGCUUCCAGAACAGAGGGAGACUAGAAGAACCAGCGCAGCUGCUUUCUGUGGGAUUGGAUUCAAAUUCCUCCACAGAAAGUCCUGAAGCUUUUAAGAAGGGUGUUGCUAUGAAUAAGCCAAUUGUGGGCAGCUUUGGCUUUGAAGUUAACUUACAAGAGAACCAAAAUGCCCUAAAAUUCCUUGCUUCUCUUCUGGAGCUUCCAGAAUUCCUUCUAUUCUUGCAGCGUGCUAUUUCUGUGCCGGAAGAGGUAGCAAAGGAUUUAGGUGAUGUGAUGGACAUGGUACUCAGCUCCCAGACCUGUGAACAGACACCUGGAAGGCUGUUUGUCCCGUCAUGCACCACGGAAGGAAGCUAUGAAGAUGUCCAGUGCUUCCUUGGAGAGUGCUGGUGUGUGGAUUCCCGGGGCAAAGAACUUCCUGGCUCAAGAGUCAGAGGAGGACGACCGAGGUGCCCCACAGAAUGUGAAAAGCAAAGGGCUCGGAUGCAAAGCCUCAUGGGUAGCCAGCCUGCUGGGUCCAGCUUGUUUGUCCCUGCUUGUACCAGUGAUGGAUACUUCCUCCCUGUCCAGUGCUUCAACUCAGAGUGCUACUGUGUUGACAUUGAGGGUCAGGCCAUUCCUGGAACUCGAAGUAUACCUGGUGAACCCAAGCAAUGCCCCACACCCUGUCAGUUGCAGGCUGAGCAAGCUUUCCUCAGGACGGUGUCGGCCCUGCUCUCCAAUGUCAGCGUGCCACCUGCCCUCUCUGCCACCUACAUCCCGCAGUGCAGUGCCAAUGGGCAGUGGAGACGUGUGCAAUGUGACGGGCCCCCUGAGCAGGUCUUCGAGUGGUACCAACGAUGGGGGACUCAGAACGAUGGCCCGGAGCUGACCCCUGCCGAGCUGCUAGUGAAGAUCAUGAGCUAUAGAGAAGCAGCUUCUGGAAACUUCCAUUUCUUUAUUCAAAGUCUGUAUGAGGCUGGCCAGCAAGGAAUCUUCCCAGUGCUGACACAGUACCCUUCUCUCCAAGAUGUCCCAUUAGAGGUGUUGGAAGGGAACCUAACUCAGCCCGGGAAGAACAUCCUCCUGGAGCCCUACAUCUUCUGGAAGAUCCUGAAUGGCCAGCUCAGCCGGUACCCAGGACCCUACUCAGACUUCAGCACUCCCUUGGCACACUUCGAUCUGCGGAACUGCUGGUGUGUAGAUGAGGGCGGUCAAGAGCUGGAAGGAACACGGGUUGAGCCAAGCAAGCUCCCAGCAUGUCCUGGCUCCUGUGAGGAAGAGAAGCUUCGUGUACUGCAGUUCAUUAAGGAAACGGAAGAGAUUGUCUCAGCUUCCAACAGCUCUUGGUUCCCUCUGGGAGAGAGUUUCCUAGUGGCCAAGGGGAUCUUGCUGACCAGUGAGGAGCUGGGUCUUCCUCUGCGCUCCCCAGCGCGGGAGGCUUUCUCAGAGAAGUUUCUGCGUGGGAGCGAGGAUGCCAUCCGUUUGGCGGCUCAGUCGACCUUAACCUUCUAUCAGAGACGCCGCUUUUCCCUGGGCGACAGGGCUGGAGCACCCACUCUCCUGCUGUCCAGUCCCUACGUGCCGCAGUGUGAUGCGUUCGGAAGUUGGAAGCCUGUGCAGUGCCACGCCGGGACUGGGCACUGCUGGUGUGUGGACAGGAAGGGAGAGUUCGUGCCCGCCUCGCUGACUGCCGGGUCCCCACAGAUCCCUCGGUGCCCCACCACCUGUGAGCUUUCUCGAGCCCGUGGGCUGCUUUCUGGUUGGAAACAGGCUGGAUCCCAGGGAAACCCAUCUCCAAAAGACCUGUUCAUCCCAACCUGUCUAGAGACAGGAGAGUACGCCAGGCUGCAGGCGUCAGAGGCUGGCACCUGGUGUGUGGACCCUGCAUCAGGAGAAGGGAUGCCACCUGGCUCAAACGGCACUGCCCAGUGCCCAGGCCUCUGUGACAUGCUCAAGAGUGGAGUCGUCUCCAGGAGAGUUGGCCUUGGCUUCAUCCCAGCCUGCGGGGCAGAGGACGGGGGCUUUUCCCCAGUGCAGUGUGACCCGGCCCAGGGCAGCUGCUGGUGUGUCAUGGGUAGCGGAGAGGAGGUGCCCGGGACCCGUGUGGCUGGGAGCCAGCCCGCCUGUGACAGCCCGCAGUGCCCGCUGCCGUUCAACAUGUCAGAGGUGGCUGGAGGAGCAAUCCUGUGUGAGAGAGCCGCGGGCCCAGGGGAGGCCGCCAUCCAGCAGUGCCAGCUGCUGUGCCGCCGAGGCUACCAGAGCGUGUUCCCGCAAGGGCCACUGGUGUGCAACCUGGAGAGCGGACGCUGGGAGUCACCGCCACCUCAGCCACGGGCGUGCCAGCGGCCCCAGCUGUGGCAGACCAUCCAGACCCAAGGGCACUUCCAGCUCCAGCUCCCGCCAGGCAAGAUGUGCAGUGCUGACUACGCGGGCCUGCUACAGGCUUUCCAGGUCUUCAUAUUAGAUGAGCUGACGGCCCGCGGCUUCUGCCAGAUCCAGGUGAAGACUUUUGGCACCCUGGUUUCCACUCCUGUCUGCGAUGACUCCUCCGUGCAGGUGGAGUGUGUGACUGGGGAGCGUUUAGGAGUGAAUGUCACAUGGAAAUCACAGCUUGAGGACAGCCCAGGGGCCUCUAUUCCUGAUUUACAUGACAUUGAGAGGACCUUAGUGGGCAAGGAUCUCCUGGGGCGCUUUGCAGAUCUGAUCCGAAGCGGCAAGUUCCAGCUGCAUCUGGAUUCCAAGACUUUCCUAGCAGACACCUCCAUCCGCUUCCUCCAAGGGGACCGCUUUGGCACCUCUCCCAGGACAUGGCGUGGGUGCUUGGAAGGAUUCCACCGAGUCCUGGCCACCAGCAAGGCCAGUCAGGACCCACUGGGGUGUGCUAAGUGUCCUGAAGGAAGCUAUUCUCAAGAUGAGCAAUGCAUUCCCUGUCCUGUGGGAUUCUACCAAGAACAGGCAGGGAGCUUGGCCUGUGUCCCGUGUCCCAUGGGCAGAACGACCAUUUCUGCCGGAGCUUUCAGCCGGACUCACUGUGUCACUGACUGUCAGAGGAAUGAAGUGGGCCUGCAGUGUGACCAGGAUGGCCAGUACCGAGCCAGCCAGAGGGACGGGGGCAGUGGGAAGGCCUUCUGCAUGGACAGCGAGGGGCGGAGACUGCCGUGGUCAGAAACGGAGGCCCCACUUGAGGACUCUCAGUGUCUGAUGAUGCAAAAAUUUGAGAAGGCUUCAGAAUCAAAGGUGAUCUUUGACGCCAACGUUCCCAUGGCGGUCAGGUCCAAAGUUCCUGGCUCUGAAUUCCCCCUGAUGCAGUGCUUGGCAGAAUGUGCGGAGGACGAGGCCUGCAGCUUCCUCAUCGUGUCCACAAUGGGCUCAGAGGUCUCAUGUGAUUUCCACGCUUGGACAAAUGACAAUGUUGCCUGCAUGACUUCUGUUCAGGAACAAGACACAUUGGGGAACUCGAAGGUCACCAGCUUUGGAAGUCUUAGGUGCCAGGUGAAAGUAAGGAACCGCGGUCAAGCUUCUCUGGCUGUGUAUUUGAAAAAGGGCCAAAAAUUCACCACAGCACGUCAGAAAAGCUUUGAACCGACUGGUUUCCAAAAUGUGCUCUCCGGGUUGUACAGCCCCGUCGUGUUCUCGGCCUCAGGAGCCGAUCUGACUGACGCUCACCUCUUCUGUCUUCUUGCGUGUGACGGUGAUUCCUGCUGCGAUGGCUUCAUCCUCACGCAGGUCCAAGGAGGUCCCAUCCUUUGUGGGUUGCUGAGCUCCCCCGAUGUCCUGCUUUGCAAUGUCGAAGACUGGAGGGGCUCCUUUGAGGCCCAGGCUAAUGCCACGUGUCCUGGUGUGACAUAUGACCAGGAGAGCCGCCAGGUGACGUUGCGUCUGGGAGGCCAGGAAUUCAUCAAGGGUCUGAUGCCCCUGCAAGGAACUCAAGACACCUUUGCCCGUUUCCAGCAGGUUUAUCUCUGGAAAGAUUCUGACAUGGGGGCUCGGCCUGAGUCUGCGGAAUGUAGACGAGACGGGGGCCUGAGGCCAGCAUCUCCAGCAGAAACAGGUUUGACAACAGAACUCUUCUCCCCUGUGGACCUUGGCCAGGUCAUUGUCAAUGGAAACCGAUCCCUGCCCAGCCAGCAGCACUGGCUUUUCAAACAUCUGUUUUCAGCCCAGCAGGCAAACCUAUGGUGCCUGUCUCGAUGUGUACAGGAGCCCGCUUUCUGUCAGCUCGCAGAGAUAACAGAGAGUGCACCCUUGUACUUCACCUGCACCCUCUACCCGGAGGCCCAGGUGUGUGAUGACACCAUGGAAUCUGGUGCUCAGGGCUGCAGACUGGUCCUGCCCCGUCGACCAAAGGCCCUGUUCCGGAAGAAAGUGGUACUGAAGGAUAAAGUGGCGAACUUUUAUACUCGCCUGCCAUUCCAAAAACUGAUGGGGAUUUCCAUUAGAAACAAAGUGCCUAUGUCUGAAAAAUCUAUUUCCAAUGGGUUCUUUGAAUGUGAACGCCUGUGUGACAUGGACCCAUGCUGUACUGGCUUCGGAUUUCUGAAUGUUUCCCAGUUAAAAGGAGGAGAGGUGGCGUGCCUCACUCUGAGCAGCUUGGGACUUCAGAUGUGCAGCGAGGAGAAUGGAGGAGCCUGGCGCAUUCUGGACUGUGGCUCUCCUGACGUUGAAGUCCGCACCUAUCCCUUCGGGUGGUACCAGAAGCCCAUCACUCAAAAUAAUGCUCCCAGCUUUUGCCCUUCGGUUGUUCUGCCUUCCCUCACAGAGAAAGUGUCUCCGGACUCCUGGCAGGCCCUGGCCCUCUCUUCAGUAGUAAUUGAUCCAUCGAUGAGGAACUUCGAUGUUCUCCACGUCAGCACUGCUGCCCCCAGCAACUUUUCUGCUGCCCGAGACCUCUGCUUGUUGGAAUGUUCCCAACACCAGGCUUGCCUCGUCACCACCCUGCAGACCCAACCAGGGGCUGUAAGGUGUGUAUUCUAUCCUGAUACCCAAAGCUGCACACAUAGUCUGCAGGGCCAGCACUGCCAAGUUCUGCUCCAUGAAGAGGCCACCCACGUCUACCGGAAGCCAAGCACCCCUCUGCUCAGCUAUGAGGCAUCUGCACCUUCCGUGGCUAUUGCCACCUAUGGCCGGCUGCUGGGCAGAUCCCAGGCCAUCCAGGUGGGCACUUCAUGGAAGCAAGUGGACCAGUUCCUUGGAGUUCCAUAUGCCGCCCCGCCCCUGGCAGACAGCCGCUUCCGGGCACCAGAGCCCUGGAACUGGACAGGCUCCUGGGACGCCAGCAAGCCAAGGGCCAGCUGCUGGCAGCCAGGCAUCCUAACACCCACGUCUCCAGAAGUCAGCGAAGACUGUUUGUAUCUCAACGUGUUUGUCCCCCAGAAUGUGGCCCCCAACGCGUCGGUGCUGGUGUUUUUCCACAACACCAUGGAGGGAGAAGGGAGCGCAGUAUGGCCAGCUGUCGACGGCUCUGUCCUCGCUGCUGUUGGUGACCUCAUCGUGGUCACUGCUGGCUACCGAGUGGGUGCCUUCGGCUUCCUGAGUUCCGGGUCGGGAGAGGUGAGUGGCAACUGGGGCCUGCUGGACCAGGUGGCAGCUCUGACCUGGGUGCAGAACCACAUUGGAGUGUUCGGCGGGGACCCUCGACGUGUGUGCCUGGCGGCAGACCGUGGCGGGGCUGACGUGGCCAGUAUCCACCUUCUCACGAGCAGAGCCACCAACGCCAGAUUAUUCCGGAGGGCUGUGCUGAUGGGAGGCUCUGCGCUCUCACCGGCCGCUGUCAUCAGUCUCGAGAGGGCCCAGCAGCAGACAGCUGCUUUGGCAGAGGAGGUCGGCUGUCCCACCUCGUCCAGCCAAGAAGUGGUGUCCUGCCUCUGCCAGAAGCCUGCUAGCGUCCUCAAUGAUGCCCAGACCAAGCUCCUGGCCGUGAGUGGCCCUUUCCACUACUGGGGUCCCGUGGUCGAUGGCCAGUACCUCCGAGAGGCUCCAGCCAGAGCACUGCAGAGAUCACGGGCGAAGGUCGAUCUGCUCAUCGGGAGCUCUAAGGACGACGGACUCAUCAACAGAGCGAAGGCAGUGAAGCAAUUUGAGGAAAGUCAAGGCCGGACCAGCAGCAAAGCAGCCUUUUACCAGGCGCUGCAAAAUUCCCUGGGAGGCGAGGACGCCGAUGCCAGCGUCCGGGCCGCUGCCACGUGGUAUUACUCCCUCGAGCACUCCACAGACGACUACGCCACCUUCUCCCAGGCCCUGGAGAACGCCACCCGGGACUACUUCAUCACCUGCCCCGUGAUCGACAUGGCCAGUGUCUGGGCGAGGAGGGCCCGAGGAAACGUUUUCAUGUACUACGCUCCCAAAAGCUAUGGCCGUGGCAGCCUGGGGUUGCUGGCAGAUGUGCAGUACGCCUUUGGGCUUCCCUUCCACCCUGCCUAUGAGGGGCAGUUUUCUCUGGAGGAGAAGAGUCUGUCAUUGAAAAUCAUGCAGUACUUUUCCAACUUCAUCAGAUCCGGAAACCCCAACUACCCUCAUGAGUUCUCACAGAAAGCGCCUGAAUUCGCGGCCCCCUGGCCUGACUUUGUCCCUCGAGCGGGUGGAGAGAACUACAAGGAGUUCAGUGCCCUGCUCCCGAGUCGACGGGGCCUGAAGACAGCCGACUGCUCCUUCUGGUCCAAGUACAUCCGGUCUCUGAAGGCGACGGCAGAUGGAGCCCAGGAUGAGCCGUCAGCAGGCAGUGAAGAGGAGGAGUUGACGGCUGGAUCUGGGCUGAGGGAAGACCUCCCAGGCGACCUAGGGCCAGGCUCAAAGAGCUACAGCAAGUGACCAUUCCCCUGAGCCCCCUCAGCAACCACACCUCAGGAUGCCCACCAUGGUCACCUUGUUCUCCAAAAUACCACUCACUUUCAAUAAAGUGUCUACAUGCAGUGA